AUGGUCUCCUUUGUGUGCGACACCUGCAACGACACGCUCAAGAAGGUCAGCACAAUCUUCCAUAGGCAUGCUCAGCUCAGCUCAGCUCAGCUGAUUGCGAAGUUCGACCUCGACCUCGACACCGACCGCUGAUCGACUCGGUUCCUUUUACAGCCCAAGUUGGACCAACACGCUCAAAGAUGUUGGGCCGUAUACACAUGUCAGUAAUUCCAGAACCCGACAUGACAGCAACACACGACUGACCCCCUACCUCCGCCUGCACUCGUCGACCUCUCCUUCUCCUCUAGGCCUCGAUUGCAACACGACCUUUGAAGGCACAUCCUACAGGGCCCACACGUCUUGCAUUUCCGAGGAUCAGAAGUAUCAGAAAUCGUACGUAGUCGUCGUUGAAUUCAACCUUGUUGGGAGAUGCAUCAAACUGAGGAUCGAAUCACCCUCACCCCUUCCCCCGCCCCCCCCCCACAUCCAUCUGUUCUUCCGUGCCGCUCUUCGGAACUUCCUCCUCCCCACCUUGCCCACCCUCCCCCUCCCAAACAGCGUUUACAAAGCGCCGAAGAAACCCAACAAGAACCACCCCGGAGCACCUCCCACACCCGCACCCACAACACCUGCGACCGCAGCUCCUUCCAUCACCGUCCCCGAACACUCCUCAACAGCAACCCCUGUCGACACACCGGCCGUCGUGGAGAGCUCGUCGACCACGGCCACGACGAACGGAACGAAACGACCCAGGCAGGAGGAGCAGGAGGAGAAGGAUGAGGCAGAUAAAUUAAAGAAGCAACGCAAGGCGGAGAAGAAGGCGGCGAAGAAGGCUUCCAAGGCCGCAGCAUCGGCCACAGGAACCGAACCGACGGCGACGAGCACACCCGCUGCCAAAGCUGAAGAGACAGCAGCUCCUGAACCUGCGUCAGAGGAAGUUUCGACGAAAGAUAUCAAAGCAGAGAUCAAGGCUUUCCUGGCCAAGGCCGUUCCGGAGGUAUUGAAGCAGCCACGGACGUUGGGGGAGGUGAAGCGGAGCGUGAUGGAGAUGGCUGCUGCGCGGGGAUUGAACGGGGAGACAGAGGUGUUGGAGGCGUUCGAGAAGGGUGUGUUUUUGGGUGGGGACAAGCCCAAGAAGAUGUUGAAGCUUUCAUUCGAGUAG